GAAUCCAAUUCCUUGUGUUGGAAGUUGGAACUGGAACUCCCAUAGCUUGGUUCUCAGUUCUUAGGGUUCGUAAUGGACGCAGCAGAAAAACUGAAACCAAAAGCAGGUCUUUUCGACGAAAUCCUCCCUCCCCGUCUCGAAGACGCCGGCCUCGAGGAUUGCGCCCUCCCCCCCGACUCCAUUCGCGAAGCCUUUGCCAAAGCCGCCUCCGCCGUCAAGUCUAGGGCCACCUCUAUUCUUUCCUCCGACGGCCACUGCGUCGAGGAUCCACGGCCUGCUGAUGCUGGUGAAUCCACCGACGUCGUCACCGGAAUCUCCCCAGAGCGGGAUCCGCCGGGGCCUUGCGCCACGGCGAAGGGAGCGAAAUUACCCGAGUUUGGUGGAGACGCGAUGGUGAUUGGCGGUGGAGAAGGAAGAGGGGAUGAAGUAGUAGCAGUAGCUGGGGGAACGGAGAAGAGGCGAGGGCAGGGUUGUGUAGUAGACGUAUUGCAGGGACUGGAGAUCGGAGAAGACGCGAAGGAGAAGGAUAAGAGCGGUGGACCCAUCUUAGGGGAAGGUUUUGCUUCAAACAAUUCGUAAUCUUCUGCCCUUCAAUUUCAUCUCUGAAAGUCUGUUUUGUUUUGUUUCAGGAGAGUUGUUGGCGUGAUUAUCAAUCGCCAACAACUCUCCAUGAACUCGGAUGCGUGUUUAUUAUGUUCAAUUAAAGGAAAAAUAUAAGAAUUGCCAAGUAUUCGUAUUGA